AAAACAUCUGACAUACAUUAAAUUAUGUGUUUAUUUAUCAAAAGGUUUAGAAAGAAAAAUAAAUAGAAAAGAAACGAACAAUAUGGGCUUUUUCUUUAUUUAGUGGCCCAUCUAAAAGCCAUUAAUUCAGGACAAACCUACGUUCCACCACACCCACACGUUUCUUUACCCUAGCCUUUUCACUGCUCCAGCGAAGGCACACAGUGACACAGCCCGACAGGCGACAGCCGCCGCCGUUUCUUCGUCUCCCAUCUUCAUCUUCCUCGCAGCGCAGGCGCUCCAUCUUCCGCUCCCUCUCCGACUCGCGCUCGGCACGCAGGCGACGGCGGUGGCGGCGCUCAGGCUCGGGCUCUCAGCGACGGCGGGGCAGUCCCAGAUUCGGCGGCGGCGUCAGCGGCUCCCCCUCUCUCCUUUCGCCAAUCGCCUUGCGCCAAUCGCCUUGCGCCUCCGGUCCUCCGCACACCGGCCGGCGACUCUACGUGCGCGCCUCCUGCUCCCCUCUUACUCCGGUGGACAGUCGACGGCGUCCGGCUCCGGCGGCUGCACUGCGCGCCGCGUGCGGCCGUCGGGCAGCAGGAGCCAGCAGCCGCUGCUCCACCAAGGCGGGCGCGCCGCUUUAGUACCGCUUAUUCCCCAAACGAAGCGUGACCCGUCCGCUUAGCGCUGAAGCGUGCGCUUAGUGCCGCUAUUUGGAAUCCUGUUACCUUAUAUCUCUAGGUUAUUUUUGUCCCCUUCCAAGUGCAGUGUUGCUCUCUUGUGAUCCCCUGACUGAAGUUCUUAAACCUGUGAUUGGACUGAGGACUUUACACAUUGCCUCAUGUAUGCACAUACAUCUUCAGGCUAAAAGAAAUGGACAGAUCCAGUUCUGGUUCUUGUGGUCAGGGUACAGUGCAUCACUGGCUUGUGCUGAUUGUGGUUUGGCUUUGUGGAAGCCAGCAUGUUGUGUCUCAGAAAUCGACACUUGAACCAAAAGAUAAAUUCCUUCUGUCUGAUCCACCAAUUGGCCUCUUUGAUCCAAUAGAGAUUUCACCUUCUGUUCUUCCACACAAUACUAACCCUGUUGAGCCACUGUCACCUAUGUAUCCAAAUUACACAUCCUAUGAUCCAGUCUUGACUGGAAAAUGCCAUGUAAAUUUUUCUGCACUCUCUUAUAUCAUGGAGAAGACAGCGUAUGAUUGCUCCAUUCCGUUAGCACCACUAGUUGCUGAUGUUAUAUGUUGCCCCCAAGUUAAUAGCUUGAUGAAUAUUUUCCAAGCUGCAUAUGGCAGUGGAAAUGGUACCCUAGUUCUCAACCAGGCUUCAGCAAAUGCUUGUUUCUCUGACAUUAUGAACAUCCUUGCAAGCAAAGGGGCAAACACCAACAUCCCUGAGUUAUGUACUCUGAGGCCAUCAAAUCUUACUGAUGUUUCUUGUCCUGUGAAGGAUAUUAGCUCUUUUGAGAAAAUAGUCAACAUCAGUAAACUCCAAGAUGCAUGCAGCAAUGUUGACCCACUGAAAGAGUGUUGUAGGCCAGUUUGCCAACCUGCUAUAGCAGAAGCAGCUAUUCACAUAUCCUCUGGUGGGGCUAACAUGUUCGGAAGUUCUAGCAUGCCAGGGAGUGCUGUUGGGAUUGAUGUUGUUAGCGACUGUAAAGGGGUAGUUCAUUCCUGGUUAUCUAUGAAGCUUUCAUCAGAGGAAGCUAAUAGUGCUUUCAGAGUAUUAUCUGGUUGCAAGGUGAACAAAGUUUGUCCACUGGAGUUUGAUGAACCUUCUUCAGUCGUUAAGGCGUGUGGCAAGGCAUCAUCUUCAACGUUAUCAUGCUGCGCAGCAUUGCACUCUUACAUUGGAACUAGGCAAAAACAGAUAUUUGUCACAAACCUGCAAGCAAUUAAUUGUGCAACAAUGUUUGGAUCAAUGUUACAGAAAGCUGGUGUGGUGGAUGACAUUUAUGGGCUUUGCGACAUUGAUUUGAAAGAUUUCAGCUUGCAAGCAGAUUUUGGACAGCAAGGCUGUCUACUUCGGAGCUUACCUACAGAUAUUGUGUUUGACAACGCUACAGGCAUUAGCUUUACAUGCGAUUUGAGUGACAAUAUUGCAGCACCAUGGCCAUCCUCAUCUUCUGUCCAAUCAUUGUCACUUUGUGCUCCAGAAAUGUCGCUGCCUGCUUUGCCUGUCUCGCCGAAAUCAGAAAGCUCAGGUCCCUCCAGAACUGGGAUCGGCGUUUUGUUGCUGCUUGUAUUCCUCACUACCAUCACUAUCUGAGGAAUACUUCCAUCUAGUGAGCCAGAAGCUUCUUACCCCUGUUGCAUUUUUUCCCCAUCUGUGCAGGCCCGCGUGUAAAUUGUCUGAAUUACAUUCUUGUAAAUGAGCCUCCCCCUUGUGUCUCUUUUUGGUCCAGUGGAUAGAUCACAGUGCUGUUGUGUUAGAGAUUACUGUUGUACCAUUUUGUGUCUGAGCACUGGUUGAAAGUAAGCUAGAUCUGGAGCUUCACCGCGGAUGAUGAUCGAAUGGCAAUUAACAACCAGGCAUGCUCUUUUGACUUGAAGUU